CUCCUCCACCUUCUCCCUUAUCCUGUCCUCGGCUCGCUUGCUUUCCCUCCGCUCCGCUCCGCUCCGCUCCGGCCGGGACGAAUCGAAUCGAAUCCAAUCCAAUCCAAUAUGGAAUUUGGCGCUGUCUCUUCUUCCUGAGAGGUUAUAGAUGAGAAUCGGUCGAACGAUUUCAGUUUUUGUUAGCUGAUGCUCUGUUGGCUUCCCGUCGAUUAGGAUUAUUAAUUAGCUUGCGCCAAGAGAGCAAACCGCUGCUGAUUGGAGAGCAAUUUGUGCGGCCGGCUCAGGGGAGGGAUCUCGGCUCUUCUUUUCGAUCGACCGGUCGGUAGGUGGGCGGGGCGGCGGAUCCAGCCAUGAUGAUGGUGGACACGGUCAGCGCGACGAGCACCUCCUUCAUCGCGCACCACCUGUUCGACCACCGCCCCAAGGGCCACCAUGGCCACGUCGUCAACUGCCGCCCCCUGGCCACGUGCUUCUCAGGCCGGCGGCUCGUUGCCCGGCAGCCGUCCCCACCGAAGGCGGCUCAGCGUCUCGCAGGCUGGCCUGUCCGGGCGCUGGCGGUCGGGGUGACCAAGGAGGCGAGCAGCCCCCAUAGGGAGUACAGGGGGAUCCCAGGGGACGGCGACACCAGCGACGACUUUGGCUUUGGGGAUGAAGAUCUUGGGGCGGCUCCCACGAUGCCGUCGUCGUGGCCACCGAGGAACCGGGCAGACGACCCGAGCCUGCACAACCCGCUGCUGCGGCUCGAGCGCAUGGGCUGCGGCUGGCUCGGCGUCAUCUUCGAGUGGGAGGGGGUGAUCGUGGAGGACGACACCAAAUUUGAGAAGCAGGCGUGGCUAAGCCUCGCAGAAGAAGAGGGCAAGUCGCCUCCUCUUGCAUUUGUGCUCAAGAGACUUGAAGGGAUGAAGACGGAGCACGCCAUCGCUGAGGUGCUCUGCUGGUCCCGGGACCCCGCCGAGCUCAGAAGAUUGGCUUCAAGAAAAGAGGAGAUCCAGCGCGCCCUCGGUGGCACGGUCCACCAGAUGAGGGACGGGUCACGGGAGUUCAUGAGCACGCUGGCCAACUACAAGAUCCCGCUCGCCGUGGCCUCCACACGCCCCCGCAAGGUGGUCGAGGAGGCCAUCGAGGCGGUCGGCGCACGGGGCUUCUUUGCUGCCGUGGUGGCCGCCGAAGACGUCUACCGGGGCAAGCCUGACCCGGAGCUGUUCCUCUACACCGCGCAGCUGCUGCGCUUCAUCCCCGAGCGGUGCAUCGUGUUCGGAAACUCCAACUCGGCAGUGGAGGCUGCCCAUGACGCCCGCAUGAAGUGCGUCGCCGUGGCCAGCAGGCACCCUGUCUACGAGCUCAGCGCCGCAGACCUCGUGGUGAAGCAGCUCGACGAGCUGUCCGUGGUCGACCUCAAAAACCUUGCCGCCGUCGAUGACUCUGCUGAGUUUGGCGCUGAGCCUGAGCCAGAGAUGGAGGAGGAGGAGGACGACGCGCCCCCGUCGACGGCGGUGGGCAUUGCCGACGAUCUCUUCUUGUAGGAGAGGAUGAGGAUCAUGUACAUUUGAUUGGUCUCUCUCCUGCACUACUAGCACAGCACAGAUGACACAGGUGUAUUAUUGGGUUGGAUGAUUUGGCAUAGCGAUCAGGAGGGCUUAUUAUCCGUCCUAAUCCUAUGCCGCUGUAGGUUGUGUUAUGUACAUGAAAUGUAUCUCUAGAGCUCACAAAAAAACUGUAUAUAUAUAUAUUGGAAAGGAAAUGGGGGAACUGGAUAGUAUACGUACUGAUGUGGAUGUAUAACUCAGAAGAUGGAUAUAUGUCUAUUUGCAUCGAAGAUGAGAAUUACAUAUGCUA